GAAAUCCCUUCAUCAGGUGACGGGCGGAAGCGGGACGGGACAUAAGAUGGACGAGGAGGAGGCGGCAGCCGCUGCCGCGGAGGAGCCUCCGCCGCCGGUAUCGCAGCUGAGCGGAGACAGCGGCAACGUCUCGCAGAGUCACAGCAGCACCUCCGGACUGGGUGACGGGGAAGCGGCGACGGACGGAGAGCAGCUGCUGCUGGCGGCCACGGCCGACUACGCCGCUUACCUGCUGCAGCCGUUGGACGGAAGCGCCUCCGACGCGCAGAUCAGAACCUUAGACAAGAGUCUGGAAGAAUUGCUGACCAGGGUAGAUGAGUUUGUGGGGAUGCUAGACAUGAUCCGAAGUGACUCUUCUCAAAUAGUCAAUGAAAGUGUGCCACAUAUUCAUGCAAAGGCUAUGGAGAUGAGGCAGCUGUAUAAAAAGAUAGACAAACUGGAGGCCUUUGUGAAAAUGGUUGGGAAUAAUGUGGCCGGGAUGGAAGAGCACAUCACGAAAGCUGAAGCAGACCUUGGAGCUUUUCCAAAUACAUUCAGAAAACUUUUAAACUCAAUCAAUGUGCCAUCCUUUCUUAAUAAAUCAUCUUCCUCAAGACCGAAGCAAAGCCUUUAUGAACCUCCUAACCUCUUCAGGACUGAAGACUACUUUCCCUCUAUGCGUGAAACACAAUAUACGUGAUUGGACAGUGACGGUCAAAACCAUAGUAUUAUCAGUGGGCGAGCUACAUGCUAGUCUUCCUUUAGAGUAUGUGUCUUUGAAAGCUAUGGCCUGCUAGCAUUUUGUGUGCCAUAGACAUACUUCAGCUUUAUUUUGUGUGAAAUAUAUUUUUUCCAUUGUUCCCAAAGUGAAACCUAUAUAGUCCUGAUGAACAACUAAUUUGGCCAGUAGGUCACUUUUGAGAAAAGACAAGAGGGGGAAUUAAGCACACCACCCAGGUGACCUGCUGGGAAAACUACCCUUUGCUUGCCCUGUGUAUUUAAUGCUCAGGCAAGGAAGAUGAGGACAAGAUUACCUUCCUUGAAUAACCUACAGCCAGAUGCCUAGCCUUUGUACCAUUCUAAGGCAAAAAGGCAGGAGGAGGACACUUACAAGGAGAGGGGGUUUCAUUCGUGGCUCUAAGAUGGGGCAGGCAGAGAAGUUGGACCAGCGGAAUUUUUUUUAUAUACUCUGGUUGGAUUGUCCUGUAGGCAACAGAUUGUCAAACAAAUUGUAUACUUUUUGUUUAAUUGUAAUUUGGAGUCAUGAAAUGUACAAAUUCAUCUGCAGUAAGAGAAAUAAUUUUAGUAGAAAGAACAAAGAUAAGAUCAAAUAUAUAAUUUCUAUUUUGUUUUGGGUUUUGCUGCUGCUAUUAUUAAUCCACAUACUGCAGGAUGGUUUUGUUUUUUAAAAAAAACAACAACCAUAUUCUGUGGCAAUUUAAGUGCAAUAGGACCAAAACUAUGCAUUUAUGUCCAUAAUGAAUGGAUCUGGAAUCUGUUCAACAUCUUGAGGAGAAAUACACUGUAUUUGAACAGGGAAGAGUGAAAGUAUCUUUCAGCUGCUGCAGGAGAAAAGAACACAAUAGUAUGUGCUGACUGCUGUAAUGUUUUAGGGGCUACUGGUCCCAAGUCCCUUUUGAUGAAUACCCUAAAACUUUUGUAUAUAAUGCCAAAAUUAAAAUGACCAAAGCUCUUGUAAUGUAAAAUUGAAUGAAAACUUUACACACGCAA